AAGAACAACGCGUUUUCUCAAAGAACCCACUGUUGAGUCUCUCUCUCUCUCUCUCUCUCUAUCUGUCUCUCUCCUCUGCCCACAGAGCUCCCAACUUAGGGUUAGGGUUAGGGUUUUGAACCAAAAAGCCCUCAUUUUUUGUCCGCUAAACAAUUUGAGAGAGAGUGACAGGGGUUGAGGGGUUUUCUAGGGUUAUUCUUUGACGCUUUUAGGGUUUUGAGUGAUGGGUCGUGGUUGGUCUGUGAUCAAAUGGUACCAUCUUCACAAACCCUUGAAAUUGUUCCUUCUCUUCUGGGUCUUGGUUCAAGCUCACUGCAACGUUGUUUCCGGCGCCGAUUCCGACAAAUCGGCGCUCUUGCAGCUCAAGGCCUCAGUCUCAGACCCUUCUGGAGUGCUCGCGAGCUGGAAUUCAAGUGGUUCUGAUCACUGUUCGUGGUUCGGUGUGGCUUGCGAUUCGAAUUCUCGGGUUGUGGCUCUCAACAUCACUGGUGGAGGUAUUUCGAGCUCUUCCUCUUGCCCUAAAUUUGCUCAAUUUCCACUUUAUGGGUUUGGUAUUAGGAGGACUUGUUUUGAUAGUAAUGUAAAAUUAGUGGGUUUGCUUUCUCCGGUGAUUGGGAACCUUUCUGAACUUAGGGUUUUAUCACUUCCUUUCAAUGAAUUGAGUGGUGGAAUUCCUGGUUUGAUUUGGGGUAUGGAGAAAUUGGAAGUUCUUGAUCUCGAAGGGAAUUCGAUAACUGGGUCGUUGCCAUCUCAUUUUGGGGCUUCGAGUAGUUUGAGGGUUCUCAAUUUGGGGUUUAAUAACAUUGUAGGGGAGAUACCACAUUCACUGUCAAGUUGUAGGAAUCUGCAAGUCUUGAAUUUAGCUGGGAAUCGAGUGAAUGGGACGAUCCCGGGGUUUGUUGGUGCUUUUAGAGAUUUGAGGGGGCUUUACUUGUCUUUUAAUCAACUUAGUGGAUCAAUUCCAAAUGAGAUUGCGGACAAUUGUGGGACACUUGAGCAUUUGGAGCUUGCUGGUAAUUUCCUGGUUGGUGCGAUCACAAGUAGUUUGGGAAAUUGUAGGGCGUUGCGGUCGCUUGUCUUGUAUUCGAACCUCUUGCAAGAGGUUAUUCCUGUUGAACUUGGUCAGCUGACUAAGCUUGAAGUGUUGGAUGUGUCGAGGAACAGCCUAAGUGGUCCAAUACCUCGUGACCUUGGAAAUUGUGCUGAAUUAUCUGUUCUUGUACUCUCAAGUUUGUUUGAUCCUCUUCCAGAGGCUAAUUAUUCAGAAGCUGAUUUGUUGUUAGGGCAAUCUAGUCCUAAAGAUGAAUUUAAUUUCUUCGAAGGUGGAAUUCCAGAUGAAAUUGUGAGACUUCCAAAGCUCAAGAUUAUAUGGGCACCAAGGCUACUUUUGGAGGGAAGUUUGCCCAGCAACUGGGGUGCUUGCGAUAACUUAGAGAUGGUGAACUUUGGCCAGAAUCUUUUCACUGGGGGAAUCUCUGAGGACUUCAGCCGCUGCAAGAAUCUGCAUAUUCUUGAUUUGAGCUUGAAUAAGCUAACUGGGGAGCUCACUGAGAAACUUCCGGUACCUUGUAUGACUGUUUUUGAUGUCAGUGGAAAUCUCUUGUCAGGAUCAAUUCCUAGAUUCAAGUACAGUGCUUGCCCCCAUAUUCCUUCCUUGAGUGGAUAUCCUUUUGAGCCAUAUGACUUACCAUCUGCAUACCUGUCAUUUUUUGCCAAUAAAACACAGGCUGGAAUUGUUUUUCCAUUUAUUGGAGAUGGUGGUCUUGCAGUGUAUCAUAACUUUGGUGGUAACAAGUUCACUGGUGCUUUGCAGUCAAUGCCAAUUGGACUUGACGGAUUAGCAGAUCUGAUUGUUUAUGCAUUUCUUGCUGGUGAAAACAAUCUAACAGGGACAUUUCCUGGAGAUCUAUUUGAGAAGUGCAAUGUAUUGAAUUCAGUGAUUAUUAAUGUCAGCAACAACAAAAUUUCUGGUAAAAUUCCAGCUCAGAAUGGUUCAAUUUGCAAAUCUCUCAAACUUUUGGAUGCCUCUGGGAAUCAAAUUACUGGGACUAUUCCUCCCAGUUUUGGGGAUUUGGCGUCUCUAGUUGCCCUUAAUUUGAGUUGGAACAUGUUGGAAGGUCCAAUUCCAAGCAGCCUGGGCCAGAUAAGUGGUCUCAAGUUUCUUUCUUUGGCUGGUAAUAACCUCACCGGAUCCAUCCCUACAAGCUUGGGCCAGUUGAAUUCUCUACAAGUGCUUGAACUUUCAUUAAAUUCUCUCUCUGGUGGGAUUCCAAAAGAUCUUGUGAAUUUGAAGAACCUGACUGUUCUUCUACUCAACAACAAUACGCUCUCGGGGCGGAUUCCCUCAAGUUUGGCAAAUGUGACUACACUCUCAAUGUUCAAUGUGUCCUUCAAUAACUUAUCUGGGCCACUGCCAUUUAACAGCAACUUGAUGAAAUGCAGUAGUGUUCUUGGAAACCCUUAUCUGGGAUCUUGCCAUCCGUACUCCUCAACGGCCCCAUCUUCAGAUCCACAGGGUUAUUCACAAAAUUAUGCUGCUGCUCCAUCUUCAAGCCCACCCCAGAAAAAUAAUAGUUUCAAUUCAAUUGAGAUUGCUUCCAUAACCUCAGCAUCAGCCAUUUUGUCAGUCCUUCUUGCUCUUCUUGUCCUCUUCUUUUACACUCGAAAGUGGAACCCAAGGUCCAGAGUUGGUGGGUCUUCAGUCAGAAAAGAAGUUACCAUCUUCACUGAUAUUAUUGGAGUUCCAUUGACUUUCGAGGAUGUUGUGCGGGCCACUGGGAGUUUCAAUGCAAGCAACUGCAUUGGGAGUGGAGGUUUCGGGGCGACGUACAAGGCUGAGAUUUCUCCAGGGGUUCUGGUGGCAAUAAAACGGCUUGCAGUUGGACGGUUCCAAGGGGUUCAACAAUUUGAUGCAGAAAUCAAAACCCUCGGGAGGCUUCGCCAUCAAAAUCUUGUGACCUUAAUAGGUUACCAUGCCAGUGAAACAGAGAUGUUCCUAAUAUAUAAUUAUUUGCCUGGUGGUAAUUUGGAAAAGUUCAUCCACGAAAGGUCCACACGUGCUGUGGAUUGGAGGAUACUUCACAAAAUUGCUUUGGACAUAGCUCGUGCACUAGCCUACCUUCACGAUCAGUGUGUGCCACGUGUCCUCCAUCGAGAUGUCAAGCCUAGUAACAUCUUAUUGGAUGAUGACUACAAUGCAUAUUUAUCCGACUUUGGAUUGGCCAGGCUUCUGGGUACUUCAGAAACACAUGCCACUACAGGUGUGGCCGGAACUUUUGGCUAUGUUGCUCCAGAAUACGCAAUGACAUGCCGUGUUUCAGACAAGGCUGAUGUUUAUAGCUACGGAGUGGUGCUGCUUGAGUUAAUCUCAGACAAGAAAGCCCUCGACCCGUCAUUUUCAUCAUUUGGCAAUGGUUUUAAUAUUGUUGCGUGGGCGUGCAUGCUCUUGCGACAGGGACGUGCCAAGGAGUUCUUCACUGCAGGUUUAUGGGACGCAGGCCCACAUGAUGAUUUGGUGGAAGUUUUGCAUUUGGCUGUGGUGUGUACAGUGGACUCGCUCUCAACCAGGCCUACGAUGAAGCAAGUUGUACGGCGGCUGAAGCAACUCCAACCUCCUUCAUGUUAGGUACUUUGAUGAGGCAUCAAUGGAUUGACAUAGUUUGUGUAGAAGGUAAAAAGCCCAAUUGUAAGUUCUGCUUUGCACUCUCUGAGAAAGAAAAAAAAAGAAAAAAGAAGUGUUCUUGGUUCUUCUAUGCGCUGGCUAUCAUACUCUUAGAUUCAGUUAUGAAUUGUAGUUAAUCCACAUGUAAAUUGUAUUAUACUUUUUCCCCCAUUUUUCAAUGUCAUGCCCCUGGUUAAGGUCUGCAGAAGAUUGCAGGUAUUUGUGGUGCACGUUGUACACGUGUAUCUCACUUUGAUUUCUUGUUUUUAAUAAAACCGAAAAAUGUGAAUGUUUCUGAGGAA